AUGGGCAAGACUCAGAGUACUAUCACUUCUGAAAAUCUUGCCGACCUGACCAGGACCACAUAUUGUAAGCAUACGCAUGCUCUAACGUACAAUCAAUGGUAUCAAGGAUUCAUUUCUGAAAUUCCCCGCGGGUAUCUCACCGCACACGAUUUGAACAAAUUGUACGAGCAAUACUUUCCGUUUGGCGAUACAACGACUUUUACCACGCUACUGUUCAAUCUUUUUGACGAAGACAAAGAUGGAAGGGUCAUGUUUGACGACUAUCUGCGCUCUCUCUCCAUAAUUGCCCGCGGAAAGUUUGCAGAAAAGCUUGUAUGGUCUUUCAGGUUUUACGAUAUUGACAAUGACGGGUACAUUUCAAGAGAAGAACUGCUGCUUGCCACUAACGCCAUUUAUAAAAUGAUCGAAAAUAUAGCCACACAUCCAGAGGAUGAGGAUACGCCAGCCAAGCGGGUGGACAAGCUGUUUUCGCUUAUGGAUACAAACAAAGACGGCAAAAUAGACUUGGACGAAUAUUGCAUCGGUGUAAAAUCGGACCCAUUUAUGAUACAAUCUUUAUUUUUGUAUGAUGGGCAUAUAUAA